CUCCAGUCAGACAGCUGCCUCUUAUAUCAUCAGGAACCCCCAGCCUCGGCGCAGCAGCCAGUCUCAGCCUGUCCGAGGACGAGACGAGGAGCAGGACGACAUUGUGUCAGCAGAUGUGGAAGAGGUUGAAGUUGUAGAGGGAGUAGCUGGUGAGGAAGACCAUCAUGAUGACCAAGAGGAGCAGGGAGAGGAAAACGCUGAGGCAGAAGGGCAGCAUGAUGAGCACGACGAGGAUGGAAGUGACAUGGAGCUGGAUCUGCUGGCUGCAGCAGAAACGGAGAGUGACAGUGAAAGUAACCACAGCAACCAGGAUAACGCUAGCGGCCGCAGGAGCGUUGUCACAGCAGCCACUGCCGGCUCUGAAGCAGGUGCCAGCAGUGUCCCUGCGUUCUUUUCAGAGGACGACUCCCAGUCCAACGACUCCAGUGACUCUGACAGCAGCAGCAGUCAGAGCGACGACGUGGACCAGGAGACGUUCUUAUUGGACGAGCCGCUGGAAAGGACAACUAGCACUUCCCACGCUAACAGUGCUGCCCAGGCUCCCCGCUCCAUGCAGUGGGCUGUCAGAAACACCCCCAGCCAGAGGGCCACCGGCAGCGCCCCCUCCAGCUCCUCAACACCAGCUGCGAGCUCCACAGGCCUCAUAUACAUUGACCCCACAAACCUACGUCGCUCCAGUGCGAUCAGCUCCAGUGCUGCUGCUGCGGCCGCUGCUCUGGAGGCCAGCAACUCCAGCAGCUACCUGACGUCUGCCAGCAGCCUAGCCCGGGCCUACAGCAUCGUCAUCAGGCAGAUCUCAGACCUCAUGAGUCUCAUUCCCAAGUACAACCAUCUAGUGUACUCGCAGUACCCUGCUGCUGUGAAGCUCACCUACCAGGACGCAGUCAACCUGCAGAACUAUGUUGAAGAAAAGCUGAUUCCCACCUGGAACUGGAUGGUGUCCAUCAUGGAUUCCACUGAGGCCCAGCUGCGAUACGGCUCCGCUCUGUCGUCUGCUGGAGACCCGGGUCACCCCAGCCACCCGCUCCACGCUUCUCAGCACUCAGCUCGCAGGGAGCGAAUGACAGCCCGGGAGGAGGCCAGCCUCCGCACCCUGGAAGGACGCAGGAGAGCAGCGACCCUGCUGACGGCUCGUCAGGGCAUGAUGUCGGCGCGGGGCGACUUCCUGAACUACGCCUUAUCACUGAUGCGCUCCCACAACGACGAGCACUCUGACGUGCUUCCUGUGCUGGACGUAUGCUCACUGAAACAUGUGGCCUACGUCUUCCAGGCGCUUAUCUACUGGAUUAAGGCCAUGAACCAGCAGACCACUUUGGACACCCCACAGAUGGACAGGAAGAGGAAUCGAGAGAUUUUGGAACUUGGUUUGGACAAUGAGGAUUCUGAGCACGAAAACGAUGAGGACACCAAUCAAAGUUCAACUCUGCAGGAUAAGGAUGAUGACCCGGUCCCAGCUGAAACGGGUCAGAACCAUCCCUUCUUUCGUCGCUCCGACUCCAUGACCUUCCUGGGCUGCAUCCCACCCAACCCCUUUGAUGUUCCCUUGGCUGAGGCUAUUCCCCUGGCAGACCAGCCCCACCUCCUGCAG